UAGAUCCGCUUCUGUCACAAUGUUAAAGAUGGACUGGACAUCACUUUAUGCGCUGUUCAUAUGUGUUUCAUAUGUUAGUUCAACAAAACUACAUGAAGCAGCUCGAGUGAAGGUCACACAUGCAGGUAUAAGCAGAUUCUCUUUUGAAAACAGUGAUAAUAAUUUGGUGAAGCUCGUCAGCACCUCUGGUAACAAUAUCAUCUGGGUCGGAGGAAGCACGGUCCUCUAUUCCAUCAGACCAACACAAUCCUUCAAACCCCAUCAGGUGAACCUGUCUCUUUGUGAGGAUAAAGGGAAAGAUUCACACAACUCUCUCUGUUUACGGAUCUCUCUGCUCAGAGAAGGCGUCGAUGGAAAUCUAUUCAUUUGUAGAUCACAUGAUGGAAAUACAGAGUGCUGUGACUUGGGCUCUGAUUAUUCUCCAAUCAAAUGCUUCACGUCAGAACAUUAUGAGCCAGAUAUUAAUGAGCCGUCAUUACUUGUUAAUAAUAUGCUGUAUUUCAUCAAGCCUGAGAAGGGAUUGUACAGAAUAAACAAGAAUGACAAAAAUGACAACAUUUGGCCUCAGCCGAGUCAAACGGAGCAAACAUACCUGAAGCUGAUCGCUGGUAAAGACGAAGACAAAGUUUAUUCCUUCUUCGCAGAGAAAUACAAAAGUAAAGAUGGUGAGAAGUGGAUUGCACGAGUCUCUCAGAGCUGCAUGAAUGACAAAGGCGGAAAUAAAAAUUUGCUUCAGAGCAGCUGGACAUCCACGAUUUACAACCGUCUGUUCUGUGGGAAAGAAUAUGAAUUCACUCAGAUGAUAGAUGUGGCCACAAUAGAGACAGACAACGACAUAAAAAUUUAUGCGCUCUUCAAAAACUACUGGAACAUGAGCGCUGUGUGCGUUUAUAGCUUGACUGAAAUCAGCAGGAUUUUCAAUUCCUCUGAAUUCAACGCCACCAAUGUUCCUCCGACUCACCGGCCUGGAACGUGUGUUCCGGACAGUACUCGUCUAAGCACUGAAGUGCUGGGGUUUAUGAAGGAUCGUCCAGAGAUGAAGGAUUGGGUGAAGCCAGAGAACGGCCCCCUGUUGUUCAGACACCACCAUUACACUCAUAUACAGGUGGACCGGGUACGAGACCACACCGUCCUGCUUCUGUCUCUAGAAAGCGGAGGGGUUCAUAAAGUGCGGGAAGAUCCCGUUUUUGUGAUUGCGGAGUAUCUGCCGUUUCCACGAAGGACGCACAUCACCAGCAUGCUGCUGGACGCUUCGGAGAAGCGUCUGUAUGUGAGUUCCAGUAAUGAGGUCGUUCAGAUUGACCUACAGAGAUGUGAUGAUUAUGGAGAUGACUGCAACCAAUGCACAUUAUCUCGAGACCCCCACUGCAUUUGGAACGGUUUGCAGUGCACCUCAACUGCAACAAGCCAAGUCCAGGAUAUCAUUAGCUGUGAGAAGCCUCAAGCUUCACCAUCAAAGACUGAAAACAGACUGAAGACGCCAGAGCUUCUCCAUGUCCCUCCAUCCUCUAAACACUUCUUGCUCUGUCCAGUGACGUCACUCCAUGCCACAUACCACUGGAUCCACGAUGAAACACCUGAGGAUUGUGUUCAAUCUGAGCUAGGCUGUUUUUACCUCAUUUACAGCAUGAAUACAAGUUACGAAGGGGAUUACAGGUGUGUAUCUUCAGAGGAAGGCUAUAAUAGGAUAGUCAGUCAAUACCAGCUCAGCAUGAGCCGCUCAGAAGCAAUCCGUCUCUCUCCUGCGCUCUUACUGCUGCUCACAGCCUCUCAUGUUACUCUUCUUCUGAUACUCACCUUCUGAAAAUGUUACCUUGAAGUUCCCAGGUAAAAAAAAAAAAAAGGGCACUUCCAUAAUGUACUUAAAGUGCUCUAUUUUUAAAAUGACUAAAAGCAUUUUUUAAAUGCUGAGAUAGACAUUUAAAAGCACAUGUUAAUUCCUAUUCAUGGUCUCAAAAUGGUAAAAAAAAGAAGAAAAAAAAAAGCUCCAUUUUCAUGCACUAAUUUUGUACUUAAUAUACAAAAAAAGAUUCUUUAGUACUUAAACUUAAGAUCAUCUAAGUGUACUCCGCUGUGUUAUUUUGGGACACUAUGAAUAUGAAAUUAAAUGUGCUUUUAAUAUACUAUUUAUUUAUUUAUUUACAUUACAUUUGACAUUUAAUCAUUUAGCUGACACU